AUGACGGUGGCUGGUUCCCUGUGGCAUGAGGCGUGGGAUACUGCUGCGGCCGUCCCAGCAGCCUUGCAACGCCCUCUGUUCAACCACACAAAGGAGGCCGAGAACGUCUUCCAGUACCUCGAGAACGCCACUUCAUCUGAUUUACUGGCCGCGUUUCUUGUGCCGUGCUUAGAG